AUGUCUUACGGAAAACCAUCAGAGUACCAGCCUCGUAAGGUGGGCUCGCUGCACACCAACGAAUUCAGAACGUAUAUCGAGAAGGAUGGCGUUCCCGUCUCUCCCUUCCACGACAUUCCUCUUUACGCCAAUGAGCAACAGACCAUCUUGAACAUGGUCGUUGAGAUUCCUCGCUGGUCCAAUGCAAAGCUUGAGAUCUCCAAAGAAGAGUUCCUGAAUCCCAUCAAACAGGACGUCAAGAAAGGCAAACUACGAUUCGUCCGUAACUGCUUCCCUCACAAGGGCUACCUCUGGAACUAUGGCGCAUUCCCAAAAACCUGGGAAGACCCCAACGUUGUGCACCCCGAGACCAAGGCCAAAGGUGACAAUGAUCCACUUGAUGUCUGCGAAAUCGGUGAACUUGUGGGUUACACUGGUCAAAUCAAGCAAGUCAAAGUUCUCGGCGUCAUGGCUCUGCUGGACGAGGAAGAGACCGACUGGAAGAUCAUUGUCAUUGAUGUCAACGACCCUCUGGCACCCAAACUCAACGACAUUGAGGAUGUUGAACGACACCUCCCCGGUCUUCUCCGAGCCACCAACGAGUGGUUCCGUAUCUACAAAAUCCCAGAUGGAAAGCCAGAAAACCAGUUUGCCUUCAGCGGAGAGUGCAAGAACAAGAAGUACGCCGAGGAAAUCAUCCGUGAAUGCAGUGAUGCUUGGGAGCGUUUGAUCACUGGCAAGCAACAACGUGGUGAUCUCAGCUUGGCCAAUGUCACCAACCAAUCUUCCCCAGACCGUGUUGAUCAAGCAUCUCUCUCCAAGAUUCCACGAGGCGACAACUCUCCACCAGCACCCAUUGAUGGUACUGUGGACAAAUGGUUCUUCAUCUCCGGUGCGGCCGUCUAA